CGGUGUGUGUACAGCUGAGCCGUUGCCCCUGGCUACCGCCGCUCGCGCUCGCUGCCUGCUCGGGCCUUCGCGUGCCCCGCUGGCUGGCUGGCAGGCUGCUCGCGCGCAGCGGCCGCGCGCGCCCGCCCGCCCUGUAGCGGCCGGUUUCCCUGCGCGGGCUUUGCGCCUGGCGCGCGGCCGCUCCGCUCCCCUGGGUGAGCGCGCGCGGGCGCGCGGCUGGGGGAGAAGCGCUCGGGCCAGCUAGAGGUGAAAGCAAAUCACCCGCAGAGCUACUUGUGAAGGGCUUGGAUGCUGCAGUGAUGGGCUGGUGCCCCAUCAGUGGAUGGAACGCUCUUGGCUAUAUCACAGCUCCCCCUCACCAGUGUUAGUUCUCCUCACUCUUUCUGCAGCACAAAGACACAGCUGUUUCGGAGUUAAAAUGGAAAAGUACGAGACCCUUGGGCUAGUCGGAGAAGGAAGCUACGGAAUGGUAAUGAAGUGUAGAAAUAAAGACAACGGAAGAAUAGUUGCCAUCAAGAAGUUUUUGGAAAGUGAGGAUGAUAAAAUGGUUAAAAAAAUUGCCAUGCGAGAAAUCAAGCUACUCAAGCAACUUCGACAUGAAAAUCUGGUGAACCUGCUGGAAGUGUGUAAGAAGAAGAAACGAUGGUAUCUGGUGUUCGAAUUUGUAGAUCACACACUCCUCGACGACCUUGAGCUGUUUCCACAUGGACUAGAUUACAGUAGAGUUCGGAAAUAUUUAUUUCAGAUUAUAAAAGGAAUAGGAUUUUGUCACAGUCACAAUAUAAUACACAGAGACAUUAAACCGGAAAAUAUAUUGGUCUCCCAAUCAGGAGUUGUAAAACUCUGUGAUUUUGGAUUCGCUCGUACUCUGGCAGCCCCUGGUGAAGCUUACACUGACUAUGUGGCAACGCGAUGGUACAGAGCUCCAGAACUGUUGGUUGGCGAUACCAAGUAUGGCAAGGCUGUGGAUGUGUGGGCCAUUGGCUGUCUGGUCCCAGAAAUGCUUACAGGAGAGCCCCUGUUUCCUGGGGACUCAGACAUUGACCAGCUGUACCAUAUCAUGAAAUGUCUGGGCAACUUAACUCCACGGCAUGAAGAGCUGUUCUAUAAAAAUCCACUCUUUGCUGGAGUGAGGUUGCCAGAGGUCAAGGAGGCCGAACCUCUUGAAAGACGGUAUCCCAAGCUCUCUGCGGCAGUGUUAGAUUUAGCCAAGAAAUGCUUGCAGAUUGAUCCGGACAAAAGGCCAUCCUGUGCUGACCUAUUGCAGUGCGAUUUCUUUAACAAAGAUGGAUUUACGGAAAGAUUUGCUCAGGAGCUUAGGUUAAAAAUUCAGAAAGAUGCCAGGGAUCAUCCUUUGCCAAAAAAAUCAAAAAUUAGCAAAAAGGACAAAGAUGAUUCUUUAGGAGAAGAAAGAAAAAUGCUUGAUAUCCAGGACUUCAACAUUGAUCCAAAGAUCAAAGAUCCUAAACUGUUGAAGGUGAAAUUAUCCAAAGCUGAGGUGGAGAAAGCUGACAGAUCUUCCAAUAUGAGCUGCCUGUAUGACAGUGGAACCAGUCAGUUCAAAACAGCCCCUCCGACAAGCAUGAAAGACUCCAACAGCAGCUUGGAUUACAUAAAGAACCCAGGCAUGGUUAUUCCUCCCAUUAUCCCGAACCUUGCCACCAUCACACCCAAUAUAAAUGUUAACUCUGGGAUGGGAACUAUUCCUGGAACCCAUAAUUACAGAGUUGAUGAGAAGACUAAAAAAUACUUAACCCCUUUUAUAAAGCAAGGGAAACAUUCACCAGCAGGGCAUUACAAUGUCAGCUUGGGCACAUCGGUCUCAAAUGAAAAGAACGUUCUUCAGGCAAACAAGAAAAGAUGGGAAUUCUCCAAGACAGAUGUGCGUUUGCCUGAGCUAAACUAUAACCAUUUCCCUGAACUCAAAGGAGUGGACGUUCGAAAUUCCAGAUUUGUCAAAAAGGAGAACAAAACAGUCUCAGAGUCUCGCAUUCCGUCCCUUGCCACCAUCGAUCUUCACAACCCGAGCCUGGCUUUGCAACAGAUAUCGGGAACAUCACUGCCAGAUGCUUCAGAAGCCAGCUUCCCUCGAGUAGAACGCUAGCCCGGAGAAGAACUGAGGAAUUGGGGAGGGAAUUUACACAUGUGAGCGAAUUGGGGGGAAUUAUCUGUGAAAGCCUCAGGCUACUUGUGAUGCGCAGAGCCUUUGCAGAAGUGAGGUAGAUUCCCCUCGUGCUUGCUCUGUGGAUAAUGCAGCAGGCUGCAACUCUCUGGGUAUCCAGUCAAGAUCCAGUUCUGUAACCAUCCUACAUACAGCGCUCCUGCUGCAGUCAGUCGGCGGGAUUAUUGCAUCAAACACAACCAUAAACUAGCGUCUUCCUGCCCCAGGGCCAAAUCCUGACCGGUUGCUCAGAAGGCAGUGGUAGCUGUUUGUGUGCAGCAGGAGCGGAGUGUGGACUUCAGUUUUGAAGAGAAGUGGCUAAUCUGUCUGAUUGUGAAGGGCUGGAUCUCACUCCUGUCUCUUUCCUGGUUACAAACAGCUUGGAGAUCAUCUUCUGCUAAGAACCUUGUGUGGUUUUUUCCCACAGUGUCCUCCCCACACCCUUUACAGGCUUGUGCAGGCCCAUAUUUACAGUAAGCCACAAUCCUCAGCUAGCUUGGCCAAGGAAGGGGGAAGAUGGAAGGGAUCUUCCCCUGGUAGAUUCCUCUAGGCUCUGGCUCUGAAAGUCUCAUUCUGUCUCCCACUCUUCCUUCCUGUGCCUAUUCUACCUUCUGCCUAAUGAGUCUCUUAGCUCUCCUCAGCCUAUCCCAAGCCAUCAAUUAGGCACAGCUCUUCUUAAUUGGGUCUCCUCUAGUGCAGCUAAUUGGAGCUGCAGUGACCAGAGUGCUAGAUCAGUUGUUGUUGCCCAGUGUUCAGUGGGAGUUAGGUGCUUAGAUAUUCCCUAUCAGCGUAGUAUCUGAGGCCCAGAUACUCAAAAUAUUUAAGUACCUAGGGGGAGACACUUGAAAUUGGCACAGUCUGGGAGAGCGUUGCUGAGAUGUUGCCAUCUCAGGCCUUUAACAGCCACUCUGAUUAGUGUCAAUGUGGGGAGGCGCUGAAAGCCGCCCUUUAGCAUUGCUAGGGGCUGGAGUUGUGCUGCUCACCCCGGCUUGUGCCGUGGCAGCGCUCAGGAAGGAAGGCAGGUAGUGCCAGUGUCUGGGAGCAAACUGAGCUGGCGGUGUAGGGAAACGCGGCUUCGCAUGGAGCCGGUGGUUCAGGCGCCAAGGGGAGCAGAUUCAGCACAGGCUGAUAGAAGGCUUACCAAGAGACUGGCAGUCGCCAUUGAGUCAGGGUCCCCUCUCCCAGGCGGAAUGCAGACAUGGUUCAGUUGCAAUACUCCAGCUGUAUUUUAACUCCCCUCAUCUGUGUCCCUUCCGCUUGGGUUAAUAACCCUCCGAACUCAUCAGUGCUGACAAGCAUCCCUGAGCUGCCCAGACGGCACAGCCUCCCACAUCAAGGCAAUCUCGGGGAGGGAUAUCUUCCUGAUGCCCUGAAUGUUCUACCCGGCGAGCGUGGUCUCCCAGCCAUAUCUGUUGCGGAAGCUUAGACUAAUGCAGCUUUUUAGUUGUGUGAAGGAUCCAUGUCCAGCUGUCUGUGCCUGGGGGACAGUUAUAAUACCCUAGGGCAUAUUAUGGAGGCAAUAAGAAAAAGUCCAAAUAACCCCAU